CUUUGUAAUGGGCUUUCGUAAGUUUCGUGGCGAAUUCUACAGUAAUCAUAUGAUACGCAUUUCACCGGGAUAAAAAAAUUUCGGGAAACUCCUCCACCGACGCGGGACUGGUCUCCCCUCUAAGCUUCAGCCUUCACUCAGAUCCCCCAUUUUCAGCUUACUCUCACUCGUCUCAGAAUCUCAUAAAGCGCCCGCUCAAAUCUUCAUAUUGUGACUUUAAUCGACAUACAAUCCCUCAUAGUGAUACAAAUAUAGCGAAAUAUACGCGCGGAUCCGCAUCUAUAACAACCGUUUGAUCCGUCGGAGAGAUCUGGAAUGGCGGUUGCAGUCCGAGCAGGCCGAGGUGCCGGCGGAUCGGCACUUCGCAACUUCUUCUCCUAUCGCGUCUUUGUCUCAGCAAUGUUCACACUACUCUUCGUUGCCACUCUAUCUGUCCUCUUCUCGUCUCACCCGACUCAUCGCGGCUCUACAUCUGAAAACGUGAUUGUACACAGAACAUUUCUCGCUUUGCAAUCAGAUCCUUUAAGGACUAGAUUAGAUUUACUACAUCAGCAAGCCAGUGAUCAUAUAGCACUUGUGAAUGCUUAUGCGGCCUACGCGAGGAAACUCAAGCUUGAAAUCUCUAAACAACUCAAUUUGUUUGAAGACUUGGCUCAGACGUUCUCAGAUCUUCAAAUCAAACCAAAUUACCAAUCCACUUUGUUUGAAACUGAUGGGCCUAUGGAUGAAGACGUUUUGAGACAGUUUGAGAAGGAGGUCAAGGAUAAAAUCAAGCUCACAAGGUCGAUGAUAGCUGAAACAAAAGAGUCUUAUGAUAAUCAGUUAAAGAUUCAAAAGUUGAAGGAUACAAUCUUUGCAGUUAGUGAGUUGCUUCAGAAGGCUAAGAAAAAUGGUGCGUUUGCCAGUUUGAUAGCUGCAAAGUCAACUCCAAAGAGCUUGCAUUGUGUUGCAAUGCGGCUUAUGGGUGAGAGAAUUGCCAAUCCAGAAAAGUACAGAGAAGAGCCACCUAAACCUGAGUUUGAGGACCCCACUUUGUAUCACUAUGCAAUUUUUUCUGAUAAUGUCAUUGCAGUCUCUGUGGUGGUGAAUUCAGUCAUUAAAAAUGCAAUGGAGCCAUGGAAACAUGUUUUCCAUAUUGUUACUGAUAAGAUGAACUUGGCUGCCAUGAAGGUCUGGUUCAAGAUGAGGCCAAUAGGUGGGGGUGCUCAUAUUGAAAUAAAAUCAAUAGAGGAUUACAAAUUCUUAACAUCCUCAUAUGUUCCGGUGCUCAGACAACUCGAGUCUUCAAACCUGCAGAAGUUCUACUUCCAGAACACAGCAGAAAAUGCAACUAAGGAAGUGAACAACAUGAAAUUCAAGAACCCUAAAUACUUAUCGAUUUUGAAUCACUUGCGGUUUUAUUUGCCGGAAAUGUAUCCGAACCUGCACAGGAUUUUAUUCCUAGACGAUGAUGUUGUGGUCCAGAAGGAUUUGACUGCACUUUGGAACAUCGAUAUGGGUGGGAAGGUAAACGGAGCUGUUGAGACCUGCUUUGGGUCUUUUCACCGUUAUUCCCAAUAUCUGAACUUCUCUCACCCUCUCAUCCGGGAAAAGUUCAACCCCAAGGCAUGUGCGUGGGCAUUUGGAAUGAAUAUAUUCGAUCUUGACGUAUGGAGGCUUGAAAAAUUGACUGAGCAGUAUCAUUAUUGGCAAAAUUUGAAUGACGAUAGAACCUUAUGGAAGCUGGGAACAUUGCCACCUGGGCUGAUCACGUUCUACUCAACAACCAAAUCAUUGGAUCGGUCGUGGCAUGUCCUUGGCCUUGGUUAUAAUCCGAGUGUAGGCAUGGAUGAAAUCAACAAUGCUGCCGUAAUCCAUUUCAACGGGGACAUGAAACCUUGGCUAGACAUCGCCAUGAAUCAAUAUAAGAAUCUAUGGACCAAAUAUGUUGACUCAGAAAUGGAAUUUGUGCAGAUGUGCAAUUUUGGGAUGUAGAGCGUUCAAUUACUUCUCGUCUUGAACAAAGAGGUAAGAGGGAAAACUGAACUGUAUGCACUCUGUUCAUCUGGAGUACUUUCGAUUUUCAAAAUUUCUUUUACAAUUGCUAGACCAAGAUAUAUGGCCUUUGCUCCCCCCACAGUAGCUCACUAUAGUUUGUUUUCUUCGUUAGCUAUUGUAUAAUUUAUGAAAUGGCACCAAGUCAUAUAUUUUGUACACAUCAUAAUGAUUCUUUUGUAUGAAAUUUCUCAGACUUUAAAUCCUGAAGCCUGUUUCCAAUUUGCCGCCUCUACUUUAACGGGGCCGCAAGUAUAUAACUGCCAUGGUACUUUCAGAAUUUAAGUUUCCUCUGUUAUGCUGAUGAA